AAAAUGGAAGGUGAUGUGUUGGAAGUUUUGGAAAAUGACGAUAUUUUUCAACAGUUUUUGAAUGAAGAAUUUGACGUAAAGGCUCAUGCUAAUAGAUUGAUACAGACAGUAGCUAUCUCAGAACAGCUGGGAAAAUUAGCCGAGGGUAUUUCAUUAUUGGAUAGAGAAAUACAUUCACAGAUUGUGACCCAUCAUGGAGAUUUAUUAUCUCAAGCCACCAGUGUGGAAACUCUUGAAGGGGUGUUACAGAUGAUGCAGACCAGAAUUCAGUCGUUACUGGCCGCCAUGGAUCGAGUCAGAUCGAAGGUAAAUGAACCCUACAAUAAAAUAUUGGCCAGAACAACUCAACUUCGACAUUUACAGGAAACAUGUGAUAUUUUAAGAAGAAUUAUAAGAAUCAUAUAUCUAAGUAAACGUCUACACGGCCAACUACAGGGUGGAUCACGAGAAAUAACUAAAGCUGCUCAGAGUCUGAAUGAACUAGAUUAUGUAUGUGAAGGUGUAGAUCUAACUGGUAUUGAGAUAAUAGAACAAGAUAGAAGAUUCUGUAAACAGGCCAGGAAGGAAGUGGAAUCUCAGGCCCAGAAAAUGUUAGAACAAGGCAUGGAAACACAGAAUCAAGCCCAAGUAUCAACAUCUUUACAAGUUUUUCACAACCUGGGUUCCCUUCAUAAUGUGGUAGAUAAAGUUGUACUGAGUGUGAAGGAGACUCUCCAUAGUAAUAUUAGAACAGGGCUGGAUGCUAAAUUAAUUUCUACUUCACAGUCCAAUAAAGGUGCUCCUGGAAGAGCUGCCAUGCCUACACCAGGAAAUACUGCUGCAUUCCGAGCUACUCUAUGGACCAAUAUGGAGAAAUUGAUGGACAAUAUUUAUGCCUCUUGUGCUCAGAUUCAACAUUUACAGAAAGUUUUAGUGAAAAAGAGAGAUCCUGUUACUCAUGUUUGUUUUAUAGAAGAAUUAGCUAUGCAUAGAAACGGGGAUGUAAAUUUUAUGCAGGAAUUCUGGGAAUCUGUAACAGCCAUGUUGUUAACAGAAUUUACUGACGCUGCCAGUGGUUCACCAUUUCUGAAGCAAGCUUUUGAAGGAGAAUACCCCAAGUUACUACGGUUAUAUAAUGAUUUAUGGAAACGUCUGCAUCAGUUCUCUGUUUCCAUGGUAACAGCUAGUAGUAACCUUGAUCCUGGUUUAACAGAUGAUGAUGGUAGCCAUGACAAUUUCUUUUUGGUGUCUGCUAGAUCUAAUUCUAAAGACACUUAUGAUUCUGAGAUGGCUUUAAGAAAUACGUUGAGUAAAUUUGAAACAGCCUAUUUAUCCAAGUCUCUGUCUCGACUUCAUGAUCCUAUCAACUUGGUGUUCUCUAGUAAUGUUAAUCCACCUACUCCUGAAGAAGUUGAAAAUAUCAUUAAAACUAUUAACAGUGAGUUGAACGUGUCUACUGUAGAUAAUAAAUUAAGUAUAACUGUAGCUAAAAACGUGGCUAACACCAUCAAAUUAUUCUGUGUUAAAAGUGAACAGUUGCUGGCUACUGGUGGAGAAGCUAGUCAAGUUAUAGGACCACCCACUGUAGGACAGACACGAAAUGCUGCAGUUGUUAACACUCUAUAUCAACUACAUGACUCUGUCACCAAGGUUGUAGAAGGUAUUAAACAUUUUCCUGUUGAAGCUAUAGAUAGUAUAAUAGAAUCACAGAAGGGUAUCAUUGUAUUGAUGGGCAGUGCUAUUAACCCACUAUUAUCAUCUAUAUUAGAUGCUCUUGAAGCUAUUAUAUUAACCAUACAUCAAGAGGACUUCUCCGGAGGAGCCCCUCCAGCUGGUCAGACAGAAGCACCCUGUUCAUUAUACAUGAGAGAACUACAAGGUUUUGUAUCAAGAUGUUCUAUAGAAUAUAUCUCACAGUUCCAUUGUCAACAAUUUAUCAUGGAAAGUCUUCAGCCAUUAGCAUGUAGAUGCACUGAGUUGUUUAUUCGACAUGCUAGUUUAAUUCGUCCUAUAGGGGACGGGGGUAAACUACGUCUAGCUGCAGAUUUUGCUCAGAUGGAACUGGCAAUUUCGCCAUUUUGUCGUAGAAUAUCUGAUAUGGGGAAAACUUACAAACUUUUACGUGCUUUCAGACCGUUAUUAUUCCAAACAACAGAACAUCUAAUAAAGAGUCCAGCUAUAGGAGAAAUCAUUCCUUACAGUGCAGUGUUACAUUAUCUAUUUGCCCGGGCACCUGUCGAGUUAAAAUCACCACACCAGGCCUCUGAUUGGUCAAUCAGUCGCUACUCACAAUGGUUAGAAAGUCACCCACUGGAAUCAGACAGGCUGCAAUUUAUCAAAGGUGCUCUAGAAGCGUAUGUGAAGAAUGUUCGUCAGAGACAAGGGAAAGAAUAUGCUGAUGUGUACCCCAUCAUGAUUGACUUAUUACAACGUGGACUCCAAUCUACUAGUGCUAGCUAGUUUUAUAAGACACACUUGUAUUGGUAUCUUCAAGCUAUUGCAAAAUUCGUCUUUUACCUUAUACUGCAUAUAGCCUCCUUUCUUGUAUCAAUGAUUGUAGCAAUUUGAUUGGAUUGUAAUCCAGAGAGUACAGCCAAUCAGCCCUUGAACAUUAUGGCUUAUUGUUUUUCGUCAGACUUUAUGUCAAGGCCUCUGAUUGGCUGCAUUUACAAACUUCUGUGACACAAGAACAGUGGCUAUUGCAGUAUAAGACAGAAGUUUUACAUGACACAUUUUUAUCUAUUGUUCAAUACAGAUACAAAAUUUGUUUAUUUCUGAAAAAAGGCAUUUAUAAUGCUAUGUUUGUUUGUUUUCAUGCUAAAUUUUGGUGCAUAAACAUCUUUUUCUAAAUUAUAUAAUAAAUAAGAAGCAAAACUCAAAGUAUAUAAGCUUUGUUUAUUUACAGUUGUUAUAUAAUUUGUACAUAUUGGGGGUGAAAUAUUGUUAAUUUAUAGAACUGGGGAAAUAAACUUUAAUAUAUGCACUGUU